GACCCGGGGGGGAACAGGCUCCAGGUGGGCGCCAUGGCGGCGCCGGGCGCGGCGCUGGCGGCCUGGCUGCUGCUGAGCCCGCGGGGCAGCGCCGCGGCGGCCGACGGCGCCAACGGCACGUGCCGCGGCUCGGCGCGCUGCCAGCCCGGCGUCCUCCUGCCCGUGUGGCAGCCGGACGAGCCGGCGGCCGGCGACAAGGCGGCGCGUGCCAUCGUCUACUUCGUGGCCAUGAUGUACCUGUUCCUGGGCGUGUCCAUCAUCGCCGACCGCUUCAUGGCCUCCAUCGAGGUGAUCACGUCGCGCGAGAAGGAGAUCACCGUCACCAAGGCCAACGGCGAGACCAGCGUGGGCACCGUGCGCAUCUGGAACGAGACGGUCUCCAACCUGACGCUGAUGGCGCUGGGCUCCUCGGCGCCCGAGAUCCUGCUGUCGCUCAUCGAGGUGUGCGGGCACCGCUUCCAGGCCGGCGAGCUGGGCCCCGGCACCAUCGUGGGCAGCGCCGCCUUCAACAUGUUCGUGGUGAUCGCCGUGUGCGUCUACGCCAUCCCGGCGGGCGAGAGCCGCCGCAUCAAGCACCUGCGCGUCUUCUUCGUCACCGCCUCGUGGAGCAUCUUCGCCUACAUCUGGCUCUACCUGAUCCUGGCGGUGAUCACGCCGGGCGUGGUGCAGGUGUGGGAGGCCUUCCUGACGCUGCUCUUCUUCCCGGCGUGCGUGGUCUUCGCCUGGGCGGCCGACAAGCGCCUGCUCUUCUACAAGUACGUCUACAAGCGCUACCGCGCCGACCCGCGCAGCGGCAUCAUCAUCGGCGCCGAGGCCGAGCGCCCGCCCAAGGACCCGGAGGCCGACGGCGGCUUCCCGGCGCUGCCCGAGCCCGAGCCCGGCGGCUCGCCCACGCCCGAGGAGAAGGAGCUGGACGAGAGCCGGCGCGAGGUGAUCCAGAUCCUCAAGGACCUGAAGCAGAAGCACCCCGAGAAGGAGCUGGAGCAGCUGCUGGACGCCGCCAACUACGUGGCGCUGGUGCACCAGCAGAAGAGCCGCGCCUUCUACCGCAUCCAGGCCACGCGGCUGAUGACCGGCGCCGGCAACGUGCUGAAGAAGCACGCGGCCGAGGCGGCGCGGCGCUCGCCGGCGCCGGCCGGCGAGGAGGACGACGACGAGGAGGAGGACGAGGCGUGCAGCCGCAUCUUCUUCGAGCCGUGCCUCUACCACUGCCUGGAGAACUGCGGCUCGGUGACGCUGGCCGUGGCGUGCCAGCAGGGCCUGGGCGCCAACCAGACCUUCUACGUGGACUUCCGCACCGAGGACGGCUCGGCCAAGGCGGGCUCGGACUACGAGUACAGCGAGGGCACGCUGAUCUUCAAGCCGGGCGAGACGCGCAAGGAGCUGGCCAUCGGCAUCAUCGACGACGACAUCUUCGAGGAGGACGAGCACUUCUUCGUGCGGCUGCUGAACCUGCGCGUGGGCGACGCCGAGGGCAUGUUCGAGGCCGACUGCGACGACCGGCCCAAGGGCAAGCUGGUGGCGCCGCUGGUGGCCACGGUGACCAUCCUGGACGACGACCACGCCGGCAUCUUCGGCUUCCGGGAGCGCUCGGUGCGCGUCAGCGAGUGCCAGGGCCACGUGGAGGUGACGGUGGUGCGCAGCUCCGGCGCCCGCGGCACCGUCAUGGUGCCCUUCCGCACCGUGGAGGGGACGGCGCGCGGCGGCGGCGUCGACUACGAGGAUGCCAGCGGGGAGCUGGAGUUCCGCAACGACGAGACGGCGAAGACGCUGAAGGUGAAGAUCGUGGACGAUGAGGAGUACGAGAAGAAGGAGAACUUCUUCAUCGAGCUGGGGACGCCGCGCUGGCUCAAGCGCGGCAUCUCGGCUCUGCUGCUGGCCCAAGGGGACGCCGAGCGGCAGCUCUCGGCCGAGGAGGAGGAGGCGCGCCGCAUCGCCGACAUGGGCAAGCCGGUGCUGGGCGACAACCGGCGCCUCGAGGUGGUCAUCGAGGAGUCCUACGACUUCAAGAACACGGUGGACAAGCUGAUGAAGAAAACCAACCUGGCCACCGUCAUCGGCACGCACUCGUGGCGCGAGCAGUUCCUGGAGGCCAUCACCGUCAGCGCAGGUGACGAGGACGAGGACGACGAGGGCCGCGAGGAGCGGCUGCCGUCGUGCUUCGACUACGUCAUGCACUUCCUGACGGUCUUCUGGAAGGUUCUGUUCGCCUGCGUGCCGCCCACGGCGCUGCUGGGGGGCUGGGCGGCCUUCGGCGUCUCCAUCCUCCUCCUCGCGCUGCUCACCGCCCUCAUCGGCGACCUGGCCGCGCACUUCGGCUGCACCCUCGGCCUCAAGGACUCGGUCAACGCCGUCGUCUUCGUCGCGCUCGGCACCUCCAUCCCUGACACCUUCGCCAGCCGCGUGGCCGCUCUGCAGGACCCGUGCGCCGACGCCUCCAUCGGCAACGUCACCGGCUCCAACGCCGUCAACGUCUUCCUGGGGCUGGGGCUGGCCUGGUCGGUGGCCGCCGUCUACUGGGCGGCGCAGGGCCGGGCGUUCCGCGUGCCGCCGGGCACGCUGGCCUUCCCCGUCACGCUCUUCACCAUCUUCGCCUUCCUCGCCAUCGGCGUGCUGCUGUGGCGGCGCCGCGCGCCCAUCGGCGGCGAGCUGGGGGGGCCCCGCGCCCCCAAAAUCCUGACGGCCGCGCUCUUCCUGCUGCUCUGGCUGCUCUACGUGGUGUUCGCCAGCCUGGAGGCCUACUGCCACAUCCAGGGCUUUUAACUGGGCGAACUGGGAGCACUGGGAGCACUGGGAGGGAACUGGGAGGGAACUGGGAGGGAACUGGGAUCAGACUGGGAGGGACUGGGAGGGAACUGGGAGGGACUGGGAUCGGACUGGGAGGGACUGGGAGCCUACUGCCACAUCCAGGGCUUCUGACCGGGGAAACUGGGCAAACUGGGAGGGACUGGGAGGGACUGGGAGGGACUGGGAGGGAACUGGGAGGGACUGGGAGCACUGGGAGGGACUGGGAGCCUACUGCCACAUCCAGGGCUUCUGACCGGGGAAACUGGGCAAACUGGGUGCACUGGGAGGGACUGGGAGCACUGGGAGGGACUGGGAGGGAACUGGGGGGGACUGGGAGGGACUGGGAGCACUGGGAGGGACUGGGAGGGAACUGGGAGGGACUGGGAGCCUACUGCCACAUCCAGGGGUUCUGACUGGGGAAACUGGGCAAACUGGGAGCACUGGGAGGGACUGGGAGCACUGGGAUCAAACUGGGAUCAGACUGGGAUCAAACUGGGACCAAACUGGGAGC